AUGGAUUGCAGACGUAAAAGCCCAAGAAAUUCAUCUAUGCAAACCGUCAUGAAUAAAACAGAUUCAUCUUUUGAUAAGCGUGAUUUCUUGUUUUCUGAUAUGUCUACGUGUAUACGUAAACAAAUCCAAUUAGAUAAAGUUGCUCAAUAUAGUACAACAGAUAUGCGUACAGCGGAUAAGAUCUCCGAAUUUAUUGCAAACUUAAAUGGAUUAGAAAAGGAUAGGAUUGUUAUUACCGAUGGAACAGCAUGUGUUGGUGGUAAUACAAGUUCAUUUUGCAAGAAGUUUAAGCAUGUUCAAGCCAUUGAAUUGAAUAAAACACGCUAUAAUAUGUUGAGAAAUAAUUUGAAAAUAUUAAAACAUGAGAAUGUAAUAUGCUAUCAUGGAGAUUAUCUUGAAUACUUGCCUAGUUUACAGCAAGAUGCUGUAUUUCUUGAUCCACCAUGGGGUGGACCUACUUAUAAGGAUCAAGUAGAAGUUGAAUUAUUUAUUGGAAGAGUUCCAUUACAUGAAGUAUGUGAACAAUUAAAAUUGAGAACAAAAUAUAUUGUAAUAAAAGCACCGCAAAAUUUCAAUUGUCGAAAAUUUCAAGAAAAAGUUAGUGGAUCUUGUCAAGUCUAUUAUGAAUUUCGUAAAAUGUUUGUUGCAGCUACAGCAAUUGCGCUUGUUAUUGAUUAUUACAAUGAUUAUGAAAUUGAUAAUGCUUGUGCGUAUGCUAAUAGGUGCGCUUAUGAUGUGGCUCUUAAAACUGCUACUCAUGCUAUUCUCCAUGGCUAUGAUCCUGUUGAUGCUGCCUGUCAUGCUGCUGUUGCUGCAUAUUUGGAUGCGUGUAUAAAUUUUAAAAUGGCUACUGCUGCUCACGAUUCUAAUGCCGCACCUGAAUAUCUUAAUUUUAUUGAUAAUUAUGAUUAUUAUGAUGAUGAUGGUGAUGAGAAUCUCUUCGAUGCUGCAGCUGUAGCUCCUAUAGAUCAGGAUGACUUUUAA